UGGUGCAGGCUUUUUUAUGGUUGGCAGACUACUGUGGCCUGGCUGAGGGCAGCUUUAAUUUAGACUCGUGAGUCUGCGUCCCGAGUUUACCAGUCACAGACAAUGAGAGCACGAGCUUGCAGCCUCAGCCUGCUCAGAUCAGUGAGUCUGUGCAGUCAACCCGUGGCUCAGACUGGCCUAUGCUAUCACAGCCAUUGUCGGUGGUACCAGGAGUUCAUGGAACGUAUUGGCAAUCGGUAUAUCUGUCGAACAGAUAAGCCGAUGCCGGGAGAGGAGUCACGAUGUCUUGUCGAUCCAGAUGCACCUAUCGGUCGCACUAUUCACUGGGAGCUGCUUUUGCCUUCAGCCCUCUGCGAGACGCGAUAAUCGGACAUUGACUUCGGCCAUGCAGCGGUCCUUGCGCC